AUGGCCUCCAAGGUAUCCAUCAUUUCAACAUGGACAGUUAAAGCUGCUGGAGGGAGUCAGCACCAUACAGAUAAUUGUAAGAUUAUUGAGUUGACACCAUGGGACAUUCUUGCUCUUCAAAUUGACUAUGCGCAAAGUGGACUCCUCUAUCCCAUGCCUACAUUGGAACAAGUAAGAGAUGUAUCAAAAUCAACUAAUACUACUUCCUUAAUUGAUCAUCUUAGAGUUUCACUAUCCCGAGCUUUAGAUUUCUACCCUCCAUUCUGUGGCCGCCUUGAGGCAAUCACAGAACAAAGUGGAACCACUUCUUUCGUCAUUAACUGUAACAAUGCUGGCGUUCAGUUCAACCAUGCGAUAGCUGAUGGUGUUACAAUUCGCGACAUCAUGGAAUCAAAUUGCGUUCCUCAUGUGGUACGCGAUUUCUUCUCACUAAAUGGAGUCCAAAACCAAGAGGCUAUCUCCCAAUUACCUUGUUUGGCUGUGCAAGUAACAGAGCUUGUGGAUGGCAUUUUCAUUGGUAGCACAUGUAAUCACGUGGUAGUAGAUGGAACUUCUUUUUGGAAUUUUUACAAUUCUUGGGCUGAGUUAUCUCGCGGUUUUAAUGUCAUCUCAAAAAUCCCCUUUUUGAAACGUGAAUUCCCUUUCAAAAUUGACCGUUUCUCUAAUCGGAUUUCUAUACCAAAUGAAAUGGUGAAUUCAAGUGACAAACUCAUACCACCAGCAGUACAAAUGCUGCGAGAAAAGGUAUUUCACUUUACCAAAGAAAAUGUCUCCAAGUUAAAAGCAACGGCCAAUCAUGAAAUGAACACCACAAAGAUUUCUUCUCUUCAAGCUGUGUUGGCUCACGUUUGGCGAUCCGUGAUACGUUGUCGUCGUCUCGAUCACAACCAAGAAACUACUUUUGAGGUAUCCAUUAACAUGAGGGAAAAACUGAAUCCUCCAUUACCAGAAGGGUACUUUGGGAAUGCAAUUUACCCUGUUACCAUAACGAUCAAAACGGGAGAACUGCUGGAGCACGGAUUCGGAUGGGCUGCUUUGCAAAUUAAUGAGUCCAUUGCUUCCCAUGACCAUGAAAAAUUGAAGUGCAUAUACGAGAAUUGGAUGAAGGACCCUGAGGUACAAAAAUUGGGUGAUUUGCCAAGCAAUUACUUUAUGCUGCACAACUCUCCGCGAUUCGAUUUUUAUAAGUAUGAUUUUGGUUGGGAAAAGCCAAUUGCACAUAGAAGUGGUGUGGGAAACAUGUUAGAUGGGAAAAUAACAGUGUCACCAGGACUAGAAGAAGGGAGCAUAAUUGUUGAAAUUUGCCUUUCUUCAGAGAUAAUAAAAGCAUUGGAGGAAGACAUAAUAUUUGGGGAGUUUGUGAACACUACACCAAUUGUUGGUGUGGAUCGAACAAUUCGAGCUCGUAUUUAACUGCUUUUUAUGUUUUAUUUUCUUGU